GUGUGUGUUGCUCGGACACACCCAGCGACUCACAAUCAGCCAAUCGCUGCUCCAAGAAACGUUCACCAAGGAGGUGCACUUCCUGUGUUUCGUGAGAGAAGAAUGGCAGAAGGAGAGAGCCGAGAGUUGUGUUCUGUUUUUUGACCAGGGGAGGGUCCGAGCAGGCGACCAGCACCACGGAGGAGGUGGACAAACUCGACAGGCUUCAGUCUGAUUUAUGAGAGAAGCGUUGUGCAGCAGCAGAGUCUGAGAAGACGAGGCUGAGGGGAAGGAGGAGGGCAAAGAUAAGUGUCAAUCUGUUCAGACUUGUUUGGGAAUUUGAGGAAGGAGGGGAGCCAGAGAGGCAGCGAGAGGCAGCGCAGCAGAGCUCAGCGUAAACAUUAACUUCUCUUAGACAGAAAAGGGAAAAAGGCAGAUUUACUGAGGAAAAAAAACCAAAAAGUUUCUUAUGUCACUGAGACAAUGUGAACCACAGCAGGGAGUUUUUCCUGAGUUGUGCAAUCUCAUGCUUCUGAGCUGAUCUGGACCUGGGGAGCCGACAGAGCAGAACUCCCCGGGACUCUACAUGCAGGCUUCUCCAAACUAUGCUUCAAUGGGGACCAAAAGGCCGAGCUGCACCCUCCUCGACUCCAACAUGUCCGACCACAAGCUCCAGCCGGGUGGAAGAAUCUCCAGAGAUCCCAGUCCGAGGCCAGCGAUGACCGCCCAGUCCGACCGAGACCGAGAGGAGGUGAGGAGGAGAGAGAACCAAGCUGUGAAGAUGAGAGACAAGGCGAGAUACCCGGACGUGGAGACGAUGGGGAGACACUAUGAGAGGGAGAAGCGAAGGGAGGGAGACAAAGAGAGGAGGGACAGGAGGCCGGAGGAGGACAGAGGACGGAACGGAAGACCGGUGUCCAGCGUGGAGAUGGAGGCCCAGAGAGACACGAGGAGAGGCCAGAAGAAAGGCGACACAUUUCCCAGAGUGAGGAAAGACGACAGGAGGCCGACGGAGGACAGAGUGGAGAGGAGGCCAAGGCGAGGGGAGCAGGAGGAGGAGCAGGGCUGGGACAGAGACGGGACCUGGCGCCGAGAUGAGGUCCAACCCAGGGACAGACGCGGUCCGGAGGCCGACAUCCGGCCUCCAGACCGGAGACGAGACGUGGAGUUCAGAGUGAGGGAUGAGGCCGGGAGACGGGAAAGGGAGGUCAGGGUGAGUUCUCCCCACAGACGGAGGGACAGAGACGUCUACUCGGACAGAAGGGAGAGGAAGGAAGGGAGGAGGGACACGAGGAGCGAAGGAGACAGCGAGGAGAGGGAGACGAGGAGGGAGAGGGCCAAGAGAGACGAGGCAGCCUAUCAGAACAGCCGGAGUGAGGGGGAUAACAAGAGGGACAGAGGGGGAGGAGGCGGGGAGGACAGGACCAGGAGGAGGACAGACAGGAAGGAGGACAGGUACGACAGGAGGGAGGACGAUGCAUUCAGGCGUCCGAGGAGAGAGCAGGACAGAGAAGCUCCCAGACCGCCACCUCGAGCCCAGAGCAGCGGAGAGUGGAGCAGCGACAGCGAGCCCAGGUUCAGGAGAGACGAGGGACGGGGAGAUCCAGAGAGGAGGCGCGAGGGGAGAAACGAGAGAGACCGAGGGGAGAUGAUGGAGGGAGUGUCAGAGCAGAGGAGGAUGUGGUUAGAACCGCACAGAGGCAGGAGUGCUAGAGAAACGUCUGCAGACCGAGUGAGGCACACGAGGCGGAAAGAGAGAAGGAUGGAGGCAGAAGGGAGGCCGAAAGAGGAACCAGAGGAGGGCAGGUACAGGGGAGGACGGGGGGAGACGCAGGGGGAGAGUCAGGGGGAGACCCAGGGGGUGAGUGUGGACGGAGAGGAGGUAGGGGAGGAGCGUCUGUCUGACAGCGAUGGAGGGAUGGAGGGAAGCCGAGGGACAGACGACACAGAGGACAGCGACAGGGAGGGAGAGGGUGGCAGCGACUACUGGGCGCGCUCAGAAGGGAGCGAAGGAGGAAGUGAUGCGGGCUGGAGGCCGGAAAGAGAGACAAUGCUGUCGGGAGAGGACGGCUUCGUCACCGUGUCCAGCGGUGGAGACAGGGAGGACGAGGAGGACGAGGAGUUUCAGGACUGCCAGGAGUUCUGGGACGGUGGACAUGGUUCACCCGGUGAGGAGGGGGAGGAGGGGGAGGAGUGGACGGUGGACGAGGACGGACAGAAGUUUGUCUUCUGUGUGAUUGGACAGACUCUGCCCCGGUCGAAGGCCGGAGGGGACGAGUCAGAAACUCAUCCCGAUGACCCAAAUGUGACCCGUGAUGAGCCAAACGCCUCCCAGGAAGCUGCUUCAGAACCUCAGGAGCCCAGAGUCGUGCUGAGGAGCAAACCAGAGCCUCUGUACGACCAGGUGGGCACCAUCAAACGGGACUCUCAGACCGAUCGGCUCCUCAAAGAGUGGAGAGAGAGGAACAACGGUCCGGCAGCAGGAGAGGCCGACCAGACCUCUCCUCUCCCCAGUAACCCCUACGCCGAAGUCCCGUCCCAUGUGGACUUUCAGCCCCUCCUGGACCAGAUCAGCUCCGGAGCCAUGAGCCCGGAGGAGGUGGAGGCCAUCCGGAUCAGGAUGAGCGGAGCCUGGAGCAUGUCCGAGGAGCCCAAGAGGCACUCCCAGGCGCCUCACCUCAAGUGGGCCAAAAGCGUGGUGCGGGAGAUCCUGGGCCGCUCCGAGGAGAAGGGGGUGGACGAACCGAGCGCACCCGAACCCGAGGAGUCCGCAGAGGAGACGCCCGGCGCUCAGCUGACGCCGGAGGAGGACCGGUCCGAGGAGGAGGAGGAAGAGGAGCUGCUGGGGGGACUGAGAGGUACGAGGUCGAGCCGAGCCUUCAUGCAUGCUGAGCAGCUCCCAGUCAUGCAUGUCCAAACAGCCACUAACACGCAGCACGACACAGCAGGGCAGUCAGAGGGGAGGACGCAAGGACAGGCAGAGGAGGAGGAGGAGGAGGAGGAGGAGAGCAAGCGGAAGGAGGUGGAGAUGUUUUUAGGUGUGAGCAACACGCUGUACAAACCCAGCAGCUGCCCCAUUCUUAACUAUGAGUCUGCAGAGGAGGAGGAGGAGGAAGGGACGGAUGAGGAUAAAGGGGAGGAGGAGGUGCAGGAGGAGGAGAUGCAGGAAGAGGAGAUGAAGGAGGAGGGGGUGCAGGAGCAGGUAGAAACAGUGGAGGUGGACAGGAGUAAAGUAGGGACGGUGACGAGCUCCUGCAGCUUCCGGGAUCUGGGACCCGAAGCUCGAUUACGAAGGAGAGGAAUCCGUAAAACCACAGAGAGAAGAAAUGGAGAGCUGGUAGAGGUGGAAGAAGAGGAAGGAGUGGGAAGAGAUCGCAGAACCAGAAUAUUCUCUGCAACAGAUGAUGAGGACGAUCGCAGUAAGAGCUGGGGAGAAGUGGAGCUCAGGAAUGUUUUGGACACAAUUGAAAAACGAAGAAGGAAUUCAAGGUUUUUCAAUGCCGCCCAGCUCUACCAGCAGUACAGCGAAGCGGCCCAGAACUUCGAGAUCCUGCGCCAGGCCCGCUCGGACGUCCUCUCGGUGUGCGAGGACAACAACGCCUCGUCUCCGGCGCCAUCGCCGCCUCCGGCCCGCCGGCCCCUGCCUCCCCUUCCUCCCGUCCCUCACCCUCACUCGCUGACCCACGCCGGUUCCGUCACCAGCACCCGGAGCCUGACGCUGCCGGAGCCGCCCAGGACCGAGCGCCGGUCGUCCUCCCCGCGGCUCUCCAUCUCCCUCAGUGGCCAGUUCACCACCCUGUGGAGGGAGCUGCCGGGGGUCAGGAACAGCUCGGAGCUGGAGGAGCUGAGUGAGGACCAGAGGAGGCUGCAGGAGGUGAGAUUCGAAGUGGUGACCUCAGAGGCUUCGUACUGCCGCAGCCUGGACAUCGUCGUGGAGCACUUUGUGAAGUCCAAGCAGCUGGGCGCCAAGCUGACCACGCAGGACCGGAACUGGCUAUUCUCCAGGCUGGCCGACGUCCGGGCCAUCAGCCACAGUUUCUUGUCGAAGCUGGAGGAGCGAGUGGAGUCGGACAUCAUGUCCUUCACCGUCUGUGACAUCAUCGCUCGCCACUGCCAGCGCUUCCGGAUGGUUUACGUUCCCUACCUCACCAACCAGUCGUACCAGGACGCCACCUACCAGCGGCUCAUGAAUGAGAAUCAGGACUUCAAGCAGAUCGUGGCCAAACUUGAGAGGAGUCCCGUUUGUCAGAGGCUUCCUCUCCGAUCCUUCCUGGUCCUUCCCUUCCAGAGAAUCACCAGAAUCAAGCUGCUGGUGCAGAACAUCGUGAAGAGGACGACUCCCGGCACGGCCGAGGCCCUGCAGGCCAUCAAGGCUCUGAAGCUCCUGGAGAAGCUGAUCCAGGAGAGCAACGACAGCAUCUCUCAGAUGAAGAGCAUCGAGUCUCUGGUGUCCCUCAGCGCUAAAGUGGACUUUGAGUGCAGAACGCUGCCUCUGGUCAGUCAGUCUCGCAGGCUGGUGAGAGAAGGUCCGGUCACCGAGCUGAUGGAUUUCUCCCUGAAGGACACCGAGCGAAGUGUUUACCUGCAUCUGUUCAACGACUACCUGCUGCUGUCACUACAGAAAGAAGGAGGAAGGUUCACUGUCAUCGACCACUCUCCUGUAUCAGACCUGCGGGCGGAGAACUGCCGAGUCAAGCUCCACUCGCUGCAGAAGAACCUGUUCCGGUUGCACAUGACGCACAAAGCUCUGCUGCUCAGGACCGACACACAGAGUGAUAAGCUACGCUGGAUAUCGGCUCUCUCCAGGCCUCAUCCGGAAAUAGACUUUUCUGCUGCACAAGAUUUUGAACAGAUGCAGUGUAUCCGAGCGUUCGUUGCCCAGCAACCGGAUGAGCUGUCCUUAGAAAAAGCGGACGUUGUUCUGGUGCACCAGCAAAGCAGCGACAACUGGGUCGAGGGAACCAGACUGUCCGACCGGCACCGCGGAUGGGUGCCAAAGUCCCAUCUGGAAACCAUCAGCAGCUCCAGAGUCAGACAACGAAACCUGUCGGACGCCCUCAAACUGACAACCGCCACGGCUGCCGUCUGACGGAGCCGAAGAGGACCCUGAACGCACCACAAAGACAACUGCUGCAAUCAGACAUUCAGUGACGGUUCUGUUCACGAAAGAGCAGCAGCCGGUACCGAUGCAGCUCAGUCGGACUUUACUCGGUGGAACAACAAACGUCUGCAGAGCAACACAUGAACUGAUGAAACCUGAAAGACUUUCCUUCACAUCUAUUAACUGCUACGAACAGCGUAUGAUCAGUGGAUCUGCAUUUUAAGAACAAUAUUUUUUAAAGGAAUUUACCUUUUUCCAAGAAAUGCUAUUUUUUGGAAAAUGUAUUCUUGUUUGUGUAUAUUGAACAGAAUUUAGUGAUGGAGUGUUUGAGGAAUUUUGAAUCGACAGAAAUUAAAGACUCAUAAAGAUUCGUCCGUUUUAGAAAAGACAUUUCAAUAAACUCUGAUUGGUGGAAUUAAAAACACAUUAAAGCAUCAUUCAUGCUUCAGAAAUGAA